AUGCCUUUCGAUCGGGUGACGUUGAGCGGUCGAUAUUUUAACCGACGAGACGAGGUUGCUGCCGAUUGGCGACGAACGUUUCUUCUUGGUGGUUUCCUCGCGGUCAUCGAUGUCCUCAUUUCAACGAUAGUUGGCUACGUUGUCUAUAAAACGUUCAAGGGAUAUUUCAUCAAUCCAGUCGAGCUCGGGUUCUAUUGCAACGAUGCAACGAUUCGACACCCAUGGAGGCCGAACACAAUUUCACCGGGAGCACUCAUCGCUACAAUUAUUGGGACAACACCGCUGAUCAUUUGUGUUGCUGAAACACUACUUUUUCGUCUCUCUCAAGGGGUCAAUUUGUUGCCAAAAUGGGUACGAUCGUGUACAUUUGAAUAUUUGAAGUUCAUCAUCGGUUUCAGCAUUUGCAUAUCGGUUAUGGAGGUUUUCAAAUGCACAUUUGGUCGUCUGCGGCCGUAUUUUAUUGAUGUUUGUGUGCCGGAUUGGACCAAGAUCGAUUGCUCGAUUGAGAAUAAUUUUGUACCAGGGAUUUUUUUACAUGCUCAUUGCACGGGUGACCCAAUUCGGAUACGAAAUGCUCGUUCAUCGUUUCCAUCAGGUCAUGCUGCCGCAGCGGCUUUCUACGCGGUCUACAUUGUCUUCUACCUUUAUCGUGUCGCUCGAGCCGGCUUCACAAGACUUAUCGAGGGUGUGACGGUUUUAAUGGGAUUGUUGGUUAUGGGAUGGACUUUGUUCGUUCUCGUCACUCGAAUCACCGACAACAGGCAUCACGUAAAUGAUGUUAUUUUUGGCUCUGGAUUAGGUAUUGGUUUCGCUUUGCUCACACACUCCCUUCUCACUCGACAACAUAUUUAUGAGGAACGAGAAAUAAAGAGGAAAAUAAAAUUCGAA